CUCUCUCUAACCUUCCCUUCUCAAUCGCUCUCUCUAUAUUAAUCACUGUUUCUCCAUUUCUGUUCAAUUUCUCAAAUCACAGAGCACACAGAGAGCUCUAACAAUGGAAUUGCAAGUGGCGGUCCCCGUUCCGCCCCACGACUUCAACUUCGACAGCGCAUGCUCGUCGCCGUACAUGACAGCUCCGUCGAGCCCCCAGCGCUUCGGCAACUUCUUCUCCAGCGCUCCGACCAGCCCCGCCCGCAUCUCCGCCUUCUACCGAGACUUCUCCGUCCCCUUCAAGUGGGAGGAGAAGCCCGGAGUCCCGAAACCAACAACUGAUAUCAGAGACGACUACCACAACGGUCACAACAACGACGACGAUGAUGAUUUCGAGUUCGAUUUCAGCGGCCAAUUGGACAGGCCUUCUCUCUCCGCCGCCGACGAGCUCUUCGACGGCGGAAAGAUUCGUCCUUUGAAGCCGCCGCCGCGACUACAGAUCGUCACCGGCGCCGGCGAUCCAGGAUCUUCGAAUUUAGCUUCUCCGAGAUCGCCGAAAUCGAGGAUUUCUCAGGGGAAGAGAAUGGUCCAGGAAGCGCUCACAAUGUCGCCGAGGCGGAAAAAGGAUUUCGAAAUCGAUCCGUUCACCGCAGCCAUUGAAGAGACGCGCAAGGAGGAAAAUCAAAACCGAAAUCAAAAUCUCAACCGCGGAAGAGAAAUGAGGGCUCAUAAUUCGUCGAAUUUCGUUCGUAAAGGAACAAGGUCUCUCUCUCCAAUGAGAGUCUCCGACAUCGUUUUCGAGCCAGAGGAGAACUCAUCUCAAACGGCGACGGUGUUAAAUUCGAAGGCGUCGAAUUCCAACUCGGCGUACUCGUCGUUCCUGUCAGCUAUUUCCUUCGCGACGGACUACAAGAAGUGGAAAUUGAAGGACUUGUUGCUGUUCCGGAGCGCGUCGGAGGGACGGGCGCCGAGAAACGACGACGUUCUGUCACGGUCGAAGUACGCGGUGCUGUCGAGGAAGAGCACGGCGGGUAGCGAGGACGCGAGGAACUCGAGCUUCCGGUCGACGGACAGCAUCGGGUCGGUGAGCUCGAGGCGGAGAGGGCCGCUGUCGGCGCACGAGCUGCAUUACACGGUGAACCGGGCGGCUUCGGAGGAGAUGAAGAAGAAGACUUUCUUGCCGUAUAAGCAAGGCCUCUUGGGGUGCUUGGGGUUCAACCCUGGUGUGGGUAUGCAUGACAUUUCUCGGAGAGUUGGUUCUUUCUCACGUGCCGGAUGAUCUGGAUCCGGAUCCGGACCCGAUUCAGAUUAAUUACUUUAAUCCGGAUGGUCUUUGUCCUUGAUCUUCACACUUUGUUGAUUGAUCAAUAUAUACAGUAGUUUUUUUCUUUUUUAAUUUUCUAUAGUAAAUGAUUCGUUUAUUGUGGUUUCUCCAUCACUAUAUAAAUAUAUAAAUGUCCAUUACUAUGAUAAUUUAUAUCAAUGACACUAUAAGACGAAAAUUUUUAGUUUA